CCCCAUUCGACCAACAGCGACAGCGGCAUCUCCACCACUGAGCUCUUCUGGUCUCUCCUCGACAAGGCCGACCGCAGAAAUUCUCUAGGGUUCGCCAUCUUCCCAACUUCGGCCGCAAUCGGAUCCCCCAAAUCCCCUCCCUCGCCCCUUUUUCUUCCCCUCCUUCGUAAUCCCUCUCGAUUCCGUGCAGCAACGAUGCCGACAUCCACAAGGCCUUCAAGAUCUACCCCCAGCUGUGGAAGCUUCAGCAGGAGCAUCGGAAGAAGCUGGUGGAUGCCGGGCUGCGACGGUGGUAGGUGGGCGAGAUCGCCGCCCGGAUUGCUCAGUUGUACUAGAGCCAAUACCAGAAGACCAGCGGAUUGCUCAGGUUUCUCUUCCGAUUCUUGAUCGCUUGCCUUGUGCUCAGCCGGCGGGAGAUGGUCACCAAGUUGGUCGGUUCGCUCACGGGAAUGGUGGGAACGUAUUUUUCAACGUCCUAGAGAAAGGGGAGAUUUUUCUUCACCCACGGCGGCGGAUCCCUGGUCUCCGGCGCCUCCCACCAAUGCUCUGGCCGUCGUUGGCGCCGAAGAUCUCUUUUCACAUGGGCAUAAACUUACCACUAGCUACCUCGCCGGAACCCUAAUCCUCAUUUACAUGACCCGAGAUCUCAAUUUCAUAGACCAAACACAUCUCUUUCUAGGCGGCGAAGAACUCGGCGGCGGCACCACCGCCAAAAUUCGAGUGGAUUUACGAGCUCUUUGGCGGAGAUUCCGACCGGUCGGGUCUCGAGGCAUCGGCAGGCGAGGUUCGCGCGACCAACCCUUUUCAGAAAAAUAAAAAGAAUAAAUAAAUAUUUUAGUUUCCUUUUUGUAUAUAUAUAUUUUUUCAAUUAUAAACUAUCAAACUGUAAGUGGUAUUUUAAAAAAAACGCAAACUUUAAUGGGUUUUAUAAAAUGAAAUUACCCCCAAAAAUAGUUUAUUAUAAUUGAUUUAAUUCCACCUUUCUCUCACUCAAAAGCAUGUUUUACUCAACUAAAAAAUUGUUUACUAUAGUGAUAAUAAACUAGAUCCGAAGGAAGCUUUCGGCGAAAGAUCGAUAGUUCAAAUUUGUAUAAUAAUAUCAAUAAAAAGAGUUUUAACUAUAAAUGAGAAUUAUUUUAUAUCUAAUGUGGUGUACAAGAUGCCUUACCUAAUUGCAAUUGUCUAAAAGCAAGCAAUUUAUUUAUUUGAUGAACAAAAUAAUUAAUUAUGUAAAGAAAAAAAAUUCAAUUUCUCCCUAGACUUUUUUUUUUCUAUUGGCUUAUCUAUUUGUCAUCUUAGUAUUUUUUAGCCAAAGAUGAUUAAGUUUACAGGCGCUUCUCAUAAUUUAUUUUCAACUUAUGUAAACAAAAGAUAAAUCAUGAGGUUUGCUUAUGGCCGACCACUAAAUAAUAGAGAAUGAGAGAAUUUUUUUUUUCUAAGAACAUGUAUACAUCUGUUAGAAAUUGACUUCUUACCACACUGUCAUUAUCUAACUAAUUGGACGCCCCUAUGGAGACUAUCAUCUUAGUAUUAUUUUGUAUGAUGUUCAUCUUCGAGAUGAAAAUUAGGAUUAAGGGUAUUUUAUUUUAUUUUUCUACAAACUAAGGGGCAAAACAUAAUAUUUUAAACCAUGGGAGCUCAACUAAAAAAAUAGGCCAAGUAUCUUCACCAUGUGUGGAAUUAGCAAGCUUUAAAGGACCACAAAGAUUUAAUUGUAUGGGGAGUUCAAUUAUUUGUGCGCGCUUUGCAUCACUUUUUAUAAUUUUCUUGUACUUUUUUUCUUCGAGUAAUCAAACCCUAGGAAAUGGUUGAACUUGACAUUGAUGAUGCUCACUGAAUAUGAAGUGGCACCAGCACUGAAUUGCUCACUGAAACCCAAGGAAAUGGUUGAACUGGGCAUUGAUGAACCCUAGGAAAUGGUUGAACUUGACAUUGAUUAUGCUCACUGAAACAAUGCUUUCCAUCAUAUUUUUCUUGAUCAAAAAGAGCUUUUUGUGACAGAAUAAACAAAAAAGAAACAUGCGUGCUAUUUUAGGUCAUUAGGUGUCCUGUCACAGGCCGAGUGAUGUUACUCAUGCAACCACCGGCUACCUCACCAAUGAUUAUAACAACUGGAGAGAAUCCUGUGACCUCUUGACAAUGAUAAAGAUGAAAUGAAGAACAUAAAGAAUCUUUUAUGUUGUCUUUAUAACUGGUUUGGGUCAACCUUUCAAAGAUUGAGACUUGGGAACCUCUAAAUCUGUCCCUUGUGUUCUUGCUGCGUGCAAGUUAAACAUGUUUCAUGAGAAUUUAGGUGCCAAUGAGGCCCAUCAAGUGAGUUAGCAGCAAUCGGUAACAGCUCGGUUCUUCGAAGUGCUGAAUCCUUCAGUUCACAGCUCUCUCUUGGAUCAAAGAUGAUGCCCUCCAGAGCCAAAUCUGGUUGGUCGACGAACUCGAAUAUGAACUCUCAGGGAGUGCUCAAGGGAAGCAGAUUCAACAGGAAUGGAUCCGCGCCGGAGAGGCACUCUCUUCCCCCUUCGAAGCCGCGUGUUUCAGUCGAUCGGCAGACGAAAUCAGUCGAGUCGAAAGCCUCUAGCAAGAACAGCACUAAUCCUAAUUUAAGCAUGGAGAAGCUGGAAGCAGUAGAGAGGGAGCUCAAGCAAACAAGGGGGGAAUUGAGUGAAACCAAGAGGUUGGCAGACGAGAUGAAUGAAGAAUUGGAGAAAGCCACAGUUGCUCGAGCGAGAGCAGAAGAGAUCUUGGACACUGAAAAAUUCAGGAUGGUCGAAUUGGAAGAGGAAUUGCACGAGGAACUCGAGAAUCUUCAAAGUCGGCACGAGCAAGAUGUGUCUUCCCUGAAUUCCUUGGCAUCUGAGCUCCAGCUGACCAAGGGAGAGCUCAGAGAUGCGAGACGUGAAAAGGAGCUGGCGUGCCAUGAAGCAGAAGGCGCGAAGAGAGCUGCGAAGCUAUACGAAGAGAAGGCGAUGCUCAUGUCGAAGGAACUCGGCGACUUAAAGGCCCUGCACGAGUCAGAAUUGGCUAGUGUGGGCAAAGAGGCAGAGGAGAAGGUCGGAAAGUCGGAAGCUGAGACAGUCAUGCUGAAACUCGAACUGGAAAGAGAGAGAAUAGCCGAGGAGAAGUUGGUUCACAUGGAAUUGUUGAUCGAAAAGCUUCAGAUCGAGGCGACCGAUGCCCGAAACGAGCAAUCGGAUGUUUGUGCAUUGGUCGAUGAGUGGAGGAACAAGGCAGGGAGGCUGAAGGCAGAUCUUGAAGAAGCUUAUCAGUCUGAGAAAUCUGCAUCGGAUUCUCUCGCAGACAUGAUGGUGAAGCUGGAAGAGACUAAAUCUCUCUUCGAAGAUGCGAAAAGGGAGAUAUCGAUUCUUGAUGCGAGGAUAGACUCUAUGGAGAUCGAAGCAGGGAGGCAGAGGAUUGAUCUUGAAGAAUCAAAUAGGCAGCUUGAUUUGGCACAGCAAGAUGCAUUGAACAUUGGGAAGACAGUCGAGUUACUGAAAUUGGAGCUCAAGAGAUUGGAGGAGGAAAAGUCGGUGGCUGUUACCGGCGAAAAGGUUGCUGCUUUGAGAAUUGAGAGUCUUUCAGAUGAGCUCAAUAUUAGCAAAGAUGAAGGGGAGAAGACUAGGAAGGCAAUGGAAUGUUUAGCUUUGAAAGUUCAGUCUAUGUCGAUAGAAGACGGGGAGAAAGACGAAAGGCUUGCGCGAAUGCAAUCGGAAAUCGAAGAAUCUCACAAGGAGAUAGACCAUUUAAGUAGAGUUCUAAGAAACACUGAAGAAAGGUAUGAGGUGAUGCUCGACGAGGCACGGUAUGAGCUUGUUUGCCUCCAGAACAGAUGCAAAGGUGAGGCAAAAGAACUGAGGAGCAGUGAAUGGGAUGCGAAAGAGAAGAACUUUGUUGACACUAUCAGAGAAUUGGAAGGACUAGUUGAGUUGCAUGAGAUAGCUAAGCAUGAAAAGAAUGAGUUACAACAAAUAGAAUCACGCGCGAAUUCUAGUCCCGACGAAGAAGAACAAUCCAAGAACGAGGAUUUGCUUCCAAAUGAAACACUACUAGAGGAGGAGAAUGGAUUGGAGAGCGGAGAGCAAUGUAGCAAAGAACUCGAAACACUGGAGAACACCGAAAAGGAUUGUGAAGUAUCAAACACUAAAAUGGAAUGGGCCAAGGAAAAUGGAAGCUCGGAGAUACCUUUCAAAGAGCAGGAGGAUCACUUCCAAGAAGAUCCAAUCGAAGACUCGGAAUCAAAGAUGAACUGCGAGAGCGGUAAUCGGAUGAACGGAACUGAGCAACAGAAGCUCCAAAGGAGGAGGAAGAAGAAGGCAUUGCUCUACAAUUUUGGGAAUCUACUGAAGGGAAAUCAUUAGUUGGAUCUCCAAUCCAUUUAUUUAUCUUAUACGAUAUGAUUAGUUUGAGAUUCUUUAUCGAUAUGUUUGGAAAUGUCAAUUCCUUUUACAGCUACACAUUCUGCAAAUUGUAUGAACGGAUUCUUGUUACUUUGGAUGAUCAUUUCAUGGUGCAACUAUUUCGAUCAUAA